AUGACAAUUUCGGACUCAACAAUUAAAAUUGAAAAUACUAAACCUAACUUUAUCAUCAUUGUUGCGGAUGAUUUAGGAUUUAGCGAUCUUUCAUCCUUCGGUGGUGAAAUUGAAACACCCAAUUUGGAUAAAUUAGCCAAAAAUGGGUUCAGAUUCACAGGGUUCCAUACUGCAUCAGCAUGUUCACCAACGAGGUCAAUGCUUUUGAGUGGUACUGAUAACCACCUAGCAGGAUUAGGACAGAUGGCAGAGUAUGCAAGACAAUUUCCUGAUUUGUUCAAGGAUAAACCAGGAUAUGAAGGGGUUCUGAAUUACAGAGUAGCAUCUCUGGCGGAGAUUCUCAGUCCAGAGUAUUAUAGCUUUAUAUCGGGUAAAUGGCACCUUGGUUUGGAAAAGCCAUAUUGGCCAAGCGACAGAGGAUUUGAGAAUAGUUUUACACUAUUACCGGACGCAGGUAAUCAUUUCAAGGACAAGCUAGAAAAUAAAAUAUUUCUCCCUUGGAUUUACCAAGAAAAUGGUCAACCAAUUGAUCCACAUACUUUCCCAGACAACUUCUAUUCAAGUGAUUACUUUACAGACAAGUUCUUACAGUAUUUAGAUGACACAGAAUCAAGAAAAGACAGACCUUUCUUGGGACUUUUGACAUUCACAGCACCUCAUUGGCCUCUACAAGCACCUCCUGAAACCAUACAGAAGUAUAAAGGAAAAUAUGAUGACGGUCCUUUUGCUCUGAGAAAAAGACGAUUGCAGAGAGCUAAAGAGCUUGGUAUUUUGUCGGAAGAAGUAGUUCCUCAUCUUGUAGAAACUAUGAGAGAAAAAACUUGGGAAUCAUUAGAUGAUGAGCAAAGACGAUAUGAAAGCAAAAUUAUGGAGGUUUACGCCGCUAUGGUUGAUAAGUUAGACCAAAAUGUUGGAAGAUUAUUGGAUCGUUUGGAGGAAACAGGAGAAAUAGAGAAUACCGUGAUUUUAUUCCUUUCAGAUAAUGGUGCGGAGGGAAUGUUGAUGGAAGCUUUACCUUUUGGUGGUAAAACCUUCAGGGAGAGAAUUUGUACAGAUUAUGAUAAUAGUUUUGAAAAUAUUGGUAAAGGCAACAGUUUCGUAUACUAUGGGGAUUUGUGGGCUCAGGCAGCUACGGCUCCAAAGUAUAUGUACAAAAUGUGGAUCACAGAGGGGGGGAUCAAUUGUCCAUUGAUCCUUCAUGCACCAUCUUUGAGACAAAAAUGGCAGGAAGAUGCAAUCAUUGACGAAUUUACCACUGUAAUGGACAUCCUUCCAACUAUUUUAACUUUAGCAGAUAUACCCCACCCGGGAGAUACGUUUAAAAAUCGGCAAGUUUACCGGCCAAAGGGUGUCUCUUGGGUCCCAUAUCUAACUAAACAAGAAGACACAGUAUAUGGUCAAAAUAAAGUUGUUGGUUGGGAAUUGUUCGGCCAGAGGGCCAUCCGUGAAGGAAGAUUUAAAGCUGUCUAUAUUCCACCCCCAUUUGGUGAGGGUGUAUGGGCUCUUUUUGAUGUCAAAGACGAUCCUGGUGAAACCAAUAACAUUUCUGAACAAUUUCCUGAUGUUAUGGAAAGAAUGUUGGAUCACUGGUCGAUCUAUAAAUCCGAGACGGGGUUAGUGGAAAUGGAUGAUACAUAUUUCAAAGACGUCAAAUACGAGAAAAGAGUAAUCCCUGAUUCUUUGGAACCAUAA